GUAAUUACAGCUUCUUAAUUCUUCUCCCUGGAUUUAUUUCACUCCUAGAAUCAUCUCUGGAUUGGAGUCAGACUUGUCAUUACUGAAAACUGCAUAUUUCCAUCAGUUCCAGGUCUUGAAGCUCCUAUUUCUCCAGGAUGCAAAAAAAGGCCUCAGAAGAGGCAAAAGAAGUUGAACUAACAGAAAAAAUCCCAGCUGCCAGCAAGGAAGCAGUGCGUUUCCUUUCACUCGUUGAAAUAAAAGAAAUUCAGCCCUGCCUUUUUGAAGAAUCACUGGUGGCUAUUUCAGAGUCUGGAGAAACUAUAGGGACAUUUUCCAUCUCGGUGAAGUGGGCCUGCUAUUCGCUGGAUGGCUGGCAAGAAGAAGACUGUUUCCUGGUCUGUGCAAACAGCAAAGCGACCAUCGACGGGGUAUCUUGCAAAAUCUCCCUUACAGGAUAUGUAUCGAAGAAACUGGAGAUUUUGGAGCAGCAUAUUCAGGAAAGUAUGAGGCUUAGAGAUCAUCCAGUGGAAACCAGGACCAAAGUGGUAAAGCGGCACGGCCAGCUUUAUGUGACCAAAACUAUAGUGGAAAAAGAUGAAAAGAUCAACGUCAGCACAUUCUCUUAUAGAUGUGCACAACUUGAGGGCCUCAUCUCAGAAUCUGCCAACUUCUUGAUACUACGGGUGAUGGCCAGGAGGCAAUCCUUACCAGAAAAUGCUGUUUUCCUCUCAUUCGACUCUGACCAACAUGUCUGUACCUCUACCUAUAAUAGCCUCGGCUUCCAGAAGCAGAGAGUGAAAAAAGAGGAAGUGGAUGUGUUUGUGAUGGAGAGGACUGUACACUCCGUGGAAGCGCUCCCACUGAAUUGGCAGUACUACUUCCUGCCAGAUGGGCAUUUAUCUCGCCGUAUACAAGUUGGAUCUCCAGCCAUCAUGGUGAUCCUGCAGAUGCCCAUUUUGAUUGACAUAGAUGAACCAGACCCUCGUCCUGUCUUUGAAAAAGUCCUUUUGGACUGGGAAGAGGAUGCUGAAUUAUAUUCCAAGUUCUUAGACAGAAAGGAAGAGCUACAAGCAAGCCAUGCCACCUACGUGCGUCGCCAUCCAGAACUCAACACCUUGCUGGCAGAUUUCAUGCAACUGCUUCUCCUUCGCAAACCCGAUGAUGUGGUCACCUUUGCCGCUGAAUUCUUCGCUCCCUUUUUCUGCCCAACAACCGCCAUGCAGAUCAUUUCAGUCAUCUGACAAGCCCAGCCCCUUUCGCAGCCAUGUCUAAGAUGAGACUGAUAAAAAUAAUGAGAUCCGGGAAUAACUUGGGAAUUUGGGAAAGCUAUUUCUUGAAGUUGUUGGAGUGCUUUGUCUAGAAACAUCCUUCAGUCAAUAUUUAAGGACAUCUGAUGUAUUAUUUUGACCACUUAGACAUAGUAUAAUAUUUAGAAAUAUUAGCACAUUAAAGCACAUUAGUCACAUUAAAGUAACUUCGGUGGUAUACAACUAUCCAAUAAAACUAAA